AUGUUCACGUCCAGCAAGCCCAACAAGUCAUAUCGUGACAGCUUCUCACACCGAGCCAGCAAAGCCACGAGCAAGAAGAAGGGCAGCUCGUUCAAGGACAAAGACCUGUCUCAACACUCCAGACGCAUUUCGGUCCAGCAACCACCACAUUCCUCGCCACGCAGUCAAGGCACAUCAUCAUCUCCUACAUCCCCCCACCUCAACUCGGCCAUCAUAACCAUCUCUAUCGGCCCAGCUCAACGCCUCUUCGCCGCCCACGAAGACGUCCUCUCCAAAUCCUCGCACUUCUCCCACCACCUCCGCGCACAAUUCUUCGAAAGCGCCGGCAAACGCAUCGACCUCCCCGCCGAAGAACCCGAAGUCUUCUCCGCCGUGCUCGAGUACCUCUACAAAGGCGACUACACGCCCAAACUCGCCUUCGACAAGAAGCGCGGCAGCUGGUACCUCGAAGACCACGACCCUUCAGCCGGCGAGAGCACAGUCGCUGUAGGAGGCGAUGGAAGCGUGGUGUUGAAGGAUACAGUGAUCUACUGCGCAGCGUUCCGUUACGGGCUGCCGGAGCUACAGCGGUUGGCGUUGAAAAAGCAGGGUUUGCAGAGUGGAGUGCAGUGCAGUACGAUUCUGUCGAGUGCCAGGUUCGCUUAUGCGAAUACGCCGGCGAGCGAUUCGAAGUUGCGGGCGCAUUACUUGGCGUUGGUGAUUCGGAGUCGGAAUACUUUCAAGAGGAGUGGGACGAUGCAGAUGGAGAUGCAGAGGGGUGGGAGUCCGCUGUUCUUCGACCUGUUCGUUGCUAUGGUCAACCAUCUCGACGACAUCACCAAAUCCUCACGCUAG